CCACUUGUUGCCAGAAAACUUUGGGCUUUCAUUUCUCUCUUUGAGUUGGCUGAAUUUUCUAUUUCACCAAAAUGUCGGUCCUUGUUGCUCGCCGGCCGGCCGGCGCCCGCCGUUCCCGCGGCUCCGGCGCCUCGUCGCCCCGCCACCUGAGCGCUCUCUUCCUCUCUUUCGUCAUCGCCACCCUGGCCAUUCUGGCCUUCGUUUUCUCUCCCACCCCCGUCGCUGCCAAGGAGGACCUUGGCACUGUUAUCGGUAUUGAUCUCGGCACCACCUACUCUUGCGUUGGUGUCUUCAAGAACGGCCGCGUCGAGGUCAUUGCCAACGAGCAGGGUAACCGCAUUACCCCGUCCGUCGUCGCUUUCACUGAUGAUGAGCGCCUGAUUGGUGAUGCCGCCAAGAACCAGGCCGCCAUGAACCCCUCUCGCACCAUCUACGACGCCAAGCGCAUGAUUGGCCACAAGUUCAACGACAAGGAGAUCCAGGACGACCUGAAGAACUGGCCCUUCUCCGUCAAGGCUGACAAGUCCGGCAAGCCCAGCUUCCAUGUCGAUGUCAACGGCAAGCCCACCACCUUCGUCGCGGAGGAGGUCUCCGGCAUGGUCCUCCAGAAGAUGAAGGAGAUCGCCGAGACCUACCUUGGUCAUGAGGUCAAGAACGCCGUCGUCACUGUGCCGGCCUACUUCAACGACGCCCAGCGCCAGGCCACCAAGGAUGCCGGCACCAUCGCCGGUCUCAAUGUCCUGCGCAUCAUCAACGAGCCCACCGCCGCUGCCAUUGCCUACGGCCUGGACAAGAAGGGCGACGAGCGCACCAUCCUCGUGUUCGAUCUCGGUGGUGGUACCUUCGAUGUGUCCCUGCUGUCCAUUGACUCCGGCGUCUUCGAGGUGCUGGCCACCAGCGGUGACACCCACCUCGGUGGUCAGGACUUCGACCAUCGCGUGAUGGACCACUUCAUCGACAUCAUCAAGAAGAAGCACGGCCGUGACAUCCGCCCCGACACCCGCGCCCUGGGCAAGCUCAAGCGCGAGGUCGAGAAGGCCAAGCGUGCCCUUUCCCUGCAGCCCUCCGCUCGUCUGGAGAUCGAGGCCCUGGUCGAUGGUCUGGACUUCUCCGAGACCCUGUCCCGUGCCAAGUUCGAGGAGCUCAACAUGGAUCUCUUCCGCCGUACCCUGGAGCCGGUCCGCCGUGUUCUUGAGGAUGCCGGCCUCCAGAAGUCCGACGUCGAUGACAUCGUCCUGGUUGGUGGUUCCACUCGUAUUCCCAAGGUUGUGGAGCUGCUCGAGGGCUUCUUCGGCAGUCGCAAGGCCAGCAAGGGCAUCAACCCCGAUGAGGCCGUUGCCUUUGGCGCCGCCGUCCAGGGUGGUAUCCUUUCCGGUGACUCGCAGGCCGACGAUCUGGUCCUGGUCGAUGUUUGCCCCCUGACUCUGGGCAUUGAGACCACCGGUGGUGUGCUGGCCAAGCUGAUCCCCCGCAACACUGCCAUCCCCACCCGCAAGUCGCAGAUUUUCACCACCGCCGCCGACAACCAGUCCGCCGUCCUGAUCCAGGUGUUCGAGGGUGAGCGCCAGUUCACCAAGGACAACAACCUCCUGGGCAAGUUCGAGCUGACCGGCAUCCCGCCGGCCAUGCGUGGCAUUCCCCAGAUCGAGGUCACCUUCGAGAUCGACGUGUCCGGCCUGCUGCGUGUGUCGGCCGUCGACAAGGGCACCGGCAACAGCCAGGAGAUCACCAUCACCAACGAUCGCGGCCGUCUUUCCACCGCCGAGAUUGAGAAGAUGAUCGCCGAGGCCGAGCGCUUCGCCGAGGAGGACCGCAUGGCCAAGGAGCGCAUCGAUGCUCGCAAUGGCCUCGAGUCUCAGGCUUACUCCCUGCGCGGCCAGCUGACCGACGAGGGGUCUCUCGGCAAGCUCGCCGAGGAGGACAAGAAGGCCGUCUCUGCCGCCGUCGACCAGGCCAUUGCCUGGCUGGCCGAGAACCCGGAGGCCUCCACCGAGGAGUACGCCGAGGCCCGCAAGACCCUGGACACCACUGUCCAGCCGAUUGUGGCCAAGAUGUAUGCCUCCAACGCGGGCGGUGCCGCCGGUGGUGAGCAGUUCACCAACCCCACCGACCACACUGAGCUCUAAAGGAAGGAAGAGUGUGCAGUGAUGUGUGCUUUUGCGCGCGCGCGCGCGAGAAGGCCCCGAGAAAUCCUCCUCUCUCUCUUUUCUCUUUCUCUCUCUCCCCUCCCCAAUAUACACAGAUCUUCAAAUCA